AUGCCACAAUCGCUACAUCCAUCAUCACAAACUCUCUCAGCCUCUCGAUCAAACACACCCGACCCCUCAAUGACCCUCACCCUCCCACGCAUACUAUGUCUCCACGGCGGCGGCGUCAACGCAUCAAUAUUCCGCAACCAAAUGCGCGCGUUCCUAACCCAUCCACAACUAGCACCUCGCUUCCGCUUCGUCUUCGUCGAGGCCCCGUUCUUCUGCGAUGAGGGCAUAGGAAUCUACCCGGUCUACGCGAACUGGGGUCCCUUCCGACGAUGGAGUCGCUGGCUCAAAACCCAUGAGGAAAUCGAUGCCUCAACCUGCAUGCAUGAGAUCAUAUACGGAGUCGAGCAGGGCAUGAAGGCUGACGAGGGUAAGGGCGAGUUCGUCGGUGUGCUGGGGUUCAGUCAGGGUGCCAAAGUGGCCUGUAGUCUGCUAUUGAAGCAGCAGCUGGAUGAGGCUGCAGGAAUUGAGGUUCCGAGAGAUAGUCUGCUAGGUAAAUUUCGUUUUGGGAUCAUUAUGGCGGGACGAGCGCCGUUACUGGCACUGAAUGAGGAGAUGGAGCAGAUGAAGUUCUUGCAGAGUGCGGCUGGAUUGCCAGAUGAGGCUGAUAUGGAUGCGAUAUUUGAGGCGCCGGAACAUAAACUGAGAUUGCCAACGGUUCAUGUGCAUGGGCUCCGGGACGAGGGACUUGAACUGCAUAGGCGAUGUGUCGAGGAUUAUUGCGCUGCGGGCACGACCGUGGUUGUAGAAUGGGACGGACCACAUCGGAUACCGAUCAAGAAAGUGGAUGUUGAAAUGGUUGUGGAGGCGUUCGUUGAACUUGCAGACGAGUACAGUGUCUGA